AUGGCAGACGAAUCACCAGCACAAAGAGCCGCCCGAGUGCGCCGCGAGCGCCGCGAGGCAAAGAUCAAGGAAGGAGGCUCAGCGCGCCUGGACAAAAUUACCAGUCUUAGUGGACGCACGCCUCAAACUGGACCGCAAAACCCCCAAUUCCGACCCUCGAAUUCUCCUCAGCCAGACAUGCAGUCGCCAGAAGCGAUCCGCGCCCAGCAGGAAGCGUUCUUCUCAAUGCUCCGACAAUCCGCACCAGAACCAGGCCAGGGCAUGCACCCUGACCCGCAAGCACCAAACGGUCUCGAGGCCCAGCAAGAAGCAUUCCGCGCGAUGUUGAGACAAGUUGGACAGGACCAAGGACAGGGCCAGCCGCCCGGUGACCCGGAAGACCCCACCAUUAAACUCCUGAACUCUCUCAUGGGUGCUAUACCCGGCGGUGACCCCAAUGCACCACCUGGAGCACCCCAAGCUGCAGGGAACCAACCGGCACCCGGAUUCUCGCCCGCGGCUAUUGCGUCAAUGCUUGGUGUGCCGCCUUUCAUCGCCAAUAUGCUGGGUGGAGCGACGCCGCCAACAGAGGAGGAGCAGAAGCGCGCUCGGAUUUGGAAGACGAUGCACACUGUGUUUGCUUUGUCGGUUGCUUUUUACCUACUCUUCAUUAUUGGGAGUUCGGUCGCGUUGUUCGGUAGUCCCCCGCCAAAACCUGCGACGGCACAGAAUCCCUUUGCGAUCUUUGUGACGGGCGAGUUGCUGUUGACUGGUAGUAAGGUGUUGCUUGGUGGGAAGUCUGGUGGGAUGGGAUUGGCCGUGCAGCUUUUCAGAGACGUCGUCAGGGAUGGUAGCCUCCUGUUGUUUAUGCUGGGCAUGGGGACUUGGUACAAUCGCGAAUGGCAGACUACGGCAUAA